AUGCAGAACAGUCACAGCGGCGUGAAUCAGCUCGGAGGUGUGUUUGUCAACGGGCGGCCGCUGCCAGAUUCAACCCGGCAAAAAAUCGUGGAACUGGCCCACAGCGGGGCUCGGCCGUGCGACAUCUCCCGAAUCCUGCAGACCCAUGCAGAUGCAAAAGUCCAAGUGCUGGACAAUCAAAACGUGUCGAAUGGCUGUGUGAGUAAAAUUCUGGGCAGGUAUUACGAAACUGGCUCCAUUCGACCGCGGGCAAUCGGAGGUAGCAAGCCGAGAGUAGCGACUCCAGAAGUUGUAAGCAAAAUAGCGCAGUAUAAGCGGGAGUGCCCCUCGAUCUUUGCUUGGGAGAUCCGAGACAGAUUACUAUCGGAGGGGGUCUGUACCAACGAUAAUAUACCCAGCGUCUCUUCGAUCAACCGAGUCCUACGCAACCUGGCUAGCGAAAAGCAACAGAUGGGAGCAGAUGGAAUGUAUGACAAGCUAAGAAUGCUGAAUGGGCAGACGGGGACGUGGGGCACCAGGCCUGGGUGGUACCCGGGGACGUCUGUCCCAGGACAACCAACGCAAGAUGGCUGCCCACAACAAGAAGGAGGGGGCGAAAAUACCAAUUCCAUCAGUUCAAAUGGAGAAGAUUCAGAUGAGGCCCAGAUGAGACUCCAGUUGAAAAGAAAGCUGCAGAGAAAUCGGACGUCCUUUACCCAAGAACAAAUCGAAGCACUUGAGAAAGAAUUUGAGAGAACCCAUUAUCCUGAUGUGUUUGCCAGAGAGAGACUAGCUGCCAAAAUAGACCUGCCUGAAGCAAGAAUACAGGUAUGGUUUUCCAACAGGAGGGCAAAAUGGAGACGAGAAGAAAAACUAAGGAAUCAGAGAAGACAAGCGAGCAACACCCCCAGUCACAUUCCCAUCAGCAGUAGUUUUAGCACAAGUGUCUACCAACCGAUCCCACAACCCACAACACCGGUUUCCUCUUUCACAUCAGGUUCAAUGCUGGGCAGAACAGACACCGCGCUAACAAACACAUACAGUGCUUUGCCACCCAUGCCUAGUUUCACAAUGGCUAACAACCUGCCUAUGCAACCCCCAGUACCCAGCCAGACUUCCUCUUAUUCUUGCAUGUUGCCCACAAGUCCAUCAGUAAAUGGGAGGAGCUAUGAUACAUACACCCCUCCUCAUAUGCAGACACAUAUGAACAGCCAGCCAAUGGGCACUUCUGGAACCACUUCAACAGGUCUAAUUUCUCCUGGGGUGUCAGUUCCUGUUCAAGUUCCUGGCAGUGAACCUGAUAUGUCUCAGUACUGGCCAAGGUUACAGUAA